AUGAACAUCUGGGAACAAGGAUGGGUUUCAUUGUUGAGCAAGUGCAGCAGCUUGAAACCCGCGAAGCAAGUCCAUGCCCAUAUCUACAAAACGGGUCUUCAAUCCGACCCGUUUGUAUUGGGGAAGCUCCUUCUCCACUGCGCCAUCUGCAUCUCCGAUGCUCUUCACUAUGCUCGUCGUCUCUUCCAACACUUCCCCAACCCAGACACUUUCAUGUACAACACCCUCAUUCGAGCACUUGCUCAAUCUCAAACCCCUCUCAAUUCCCUUCACCCCUUCAUCCAAAUGCGUCGCCAACCCACCCUUUUCCCAGAUAGCUUCUCUUUUGCGUUUGCACUCAAGGGCGUCGCUAACUGCGGCCAUUUGAGACCUGGCAUUCAGUUGCACUGUCAAGCUUUUUGUCAUGGCUUUGAUACCCAUAUUUUUGUUGGGACAACCUUGAUCAGUAUGUAUGCUGAAUGCGGGAAUUCUGAGUCUGCUAGACAGGUGUUUGAGGAAAUGCCAGAACCAAAUGUUGUCACGUGGAAUGCUGUUGUCACCGCCUGCUUUAGGUGUGGGGAUUUGGAGGGUGCGCGGGAUGUGUUUGGACGGAUGCCCAUUCGGAAUUUGACCUCGUGGAAUGUGAUGCUUGCCGGUUAUGCUAAAGCAGGUGAGCUUGGGUUGGCAAGAAGAGUUUUUUCUGAAAUGCCUAUGAAAGAUGAUGUUUCUUGGAGCACUAUGAUUGUUGGGUUUGGUCACAAUGGUUCUUUUGAUGAGGCUUUUGGGUUUUUCAGGGAAUUGCUGAGGCAGGGAAUCAGGCCAAAUGAGGUGAGUCUGACUGGUGUGUUAUCUGCAUGUGCACAAGCUGGGGCAUUUGAGUUUGGGAAGAUUUUACAUGGGUUUAUAGAGAAAGCUGGGUUUCUUUGUAUUCUUUCGGUGAAUAAUGCUCUCAUAGAUACCUUCUCCAAGUGUGGAAAUGUAGCUAUGGCUAGGUUGGUCUUUGAGAAUAUGCUGGUGGGGAGGAGCAUUGUGUCUUGGACAUCAAUGAUAGCUGGCCUUGCAAUGCAUGGUCAUGGAGAAGAGGCAAUACAACUUUUUCAUGAGAUGGAAGAGUCUGGAGUUAGGCCAGACGGUAUUACUUUCAUAUCUCUACUAUAUGCUUGUAGCCAUUGUGGCUUGGUUGAGCAAGGGCGUGCUUCUUUUUCUAAGAUGAAGAAUUUGUAUGGUAUUGAACCUGCCAUUGAACAUUAUGGUUGCAUGGUUGAUCUGUAUGGUCGAGCUGCAAGGUUGCAGGAGGCCUAUGAGUUUAUAUGUCGAAUGCCAAUUUCACCUAAUGCAAUCAUUUGGAGGACUCUCCUUGGGGCAUGUAGCAUUCAUGGUAAUAUUGAAUUGGCAGAGCUUGUGAAAGCAAGGCUUGCUGAAAUGGAUCCAAACAACUCCGGUGACCAUGUACUACUCUCAAAUGUUUAUGCCAUUGCAGGGAAAUGGAAGGAUGUUGCCAGCAUAAGAAGAACAAUGAUUGAACAGAGCAUGAAAAAAACUCCUGGUUGGAGCAUGAUUGAAAUUGACAAGGUCAUUUAUGGUUUUGUGGCAGGUGAAAAGCCUAACAAGGUUACAGAAGAGGCUCAUGAUAAACUGAGGGAAAUAAUGUUGAGACUCAAAGCAGAAGUGGGUUAUGCGCCACAGGUAAGGAGUGUCCUGCAUGAUAUUGAAGAGGAAGAAAAAGAAGAUUCAGUGACUAAGCAUAGUGAGAAGCUUGCUGCAGCUUUCGGAAUAGCAAAACUUCCUAAGGGAAGGAUUUUAAGAAUAGUGAAGAACCUGAGGGUUUGUGGGGACUGCCAUACUGUGAUGAAGCUGAUUUCUAAAGUUUAUCGAGUAGAGAUCAUUGUUAGAGACAGAAGCCGCUUCCACUCGUUUAAAGAUGGAUUUUGUUCUUGCAGAGAUUAUUGGUGACAGAGGUGAUUGAUCAAGUAGUUUAUCUUGACUGCUCUUGAUUGAUCAAGUAGAUUGGCUGAUCUUCAGCAAAAUGGCUGAGCUAGAUAGCUCAAUGCUGGUGACACUACAGGAAUAUGGUGAAAUGGCUACUAGAGAAGCAUUUAGUUGUUUCUUUUCAAGUGGUCUUUCUACCAUAAUGGAGAAAUAUGGUGAAAUGGUAAUACCCAUUAAUGAAGAAGAAAUAUGGCCAAUAACUACUGGUCUUUGUACCAUCAUUCCUCCAAAGUACAAGACACCUACUGGAAGCGGAAAAAGAAAAGCUACCAAGAAGGGAAAAGGAUGAGCCUGUAAAACCAUACAGGCUAAG